CAAACAAACAUGGCGGCGCCCAUCAGCGUGUGUAUGUGACAGGACGAAGCUUUAGUUCAGCCACUUGUGGUCGUUGUUGACAGUCAGUAUUUGAUGUAUUAGUAUCUUUGUGGAUGUGAGCAGUUUUUUUGUGAAACAUGAACCUGAAUCUCCCAAGACUCUGUAACAGAUUAUGUCUAACUGUGUCUCAGACACGUCCACUUCACAUAAGUGGUGCAGGGCAGCAGCUGGAUAAGACAGCGGUGGCUGUAGAUUCUGAUGCGUCACAUCACUUCUCCAUAUUCAGGACCUCAGAGAAUGAUCCGGCCUGCCAUACAGAGCAUCAUGCUGGUCAGUACUACACUCUUCCUUCUGCGCAGGGCCGCACAUUGUUUCCUCAUGGGUUGCCCUCUCGCUUCCAGAUGCAGAUAAAGACGUUCAAUGAAGCUGGUGUUAUGGUGAGACAGCCAGCACUGGAGCUUAUCUCUUAUUUGAAACGAGCUGACUAUAGCAAACCUGCCCUGCGCUACCUGCUCUAUGGGGAGACCGGCUGUGGAAAAACAAUGUCUCUGUGCCAUGCACUGCAUUUCUGCUUCACUCAAGGCUGGUUGGUUCUGCACAUACCAGAUGCUCACUUGUGGGUUAAAAACUGUAGCGAGCUGCUACCCUCGUCAUCCCGCCCAGGUCGCUUUGAUCAGCCAAUCCAGGCCUCCCAAUGGUUGAAGAAUUUUAAAAUCACUAAUGAACAAUUUCUGUCAAAGAUAAAGACAACAAAGCGGUAUAUGUGGACCAAGCGAGAGAGCACAGAGGAAGGACGGCCUUUAGCAGAACUAGUUAAUCAGGGUGUGACUCGCGUCAAGAGCAGCAGUGAUGUGGUAGGUGCGUUACUGCGUGAGCUGAGGCUGCAGGCUGAAAGUGCUACAAAGGGAGCUUUCAGAAUGGCUGUGGCUGUAGAUGGAGUCAAUGCUCUGUGGGGCAGAACAACUCUGAAGAAGGAGGACAAAAGCGAGGUUGCUGCAGAAGAGCUAACACUUAUUCACAACCUGAGGAAAAUGCUAAGAAACGACUGGAGUGGGGGAGCCAUUCUCACAACGCUGUCUCAGACAGGGUCUCUGUACACAUCUCGCUCAGCUUACCUUCCAACAGAGCUCCUGGGAGAGGUGGGAUUUGAUAAGAUGGACCCAUUUGUGCCAAUCCCAGUUUCAAAGUACAAUGAUCAGGAGUUUGAAAGCUGCUAUCUGUAUUACAUGGAUCGUAACUGGCUGCAGCAUCCACACAGUCGAACAGAAGAAGGAAAGAAAGAACUUAUUUUUCUCAGCAACAGGAAUCCGUCCAUCUUUGAAAGACUGAGCGCCUUCCUGUGAUAAAUGUUACCUUCCUUUCGUGUUCUCUUUCCCUGCCUCUGUCUGUGUAAAAUGAUCCAUGAUACAUUUAGCAUAUGUCACUGAUGUCUUUAAUAAUAAAAAGCCUUUGAAGGAAAA